AUGUCUACAUACCACGCCGUCAUCCUCGGCGCCGGCGUCCUGGGACUGUCUAUCGCCCACGAGCUCACAAAGAAAGGUCUCAAAGUCGCUGUCGUCGCCAAAGACCUUCCAGAGGAUUUGGAUAGUACCGGGUUCGCUUCGCCUUGGGCUGGCGCAAACUGGCACUCUGUCGCCUCCAAAGACAAUAUCCCCGAACAAGAACGCGACAGAUACACUUUCCACCAAUUCGAGCGUCUGGCACGACAAGUACCGCACUUGUGCGAGCGACGGCCGUACCGCUAUUAUUGGAAUGAGGAUGAUGAUGGAGGGUGGGGAGAGUGUUGGUAUAAGGAUUUGGUCUUUGGGUUCCGCACCCUCACCCCCUCCGAGCUCCCUCCCAACUUUAAACACGGCGUAACCUACGAAUCCUACACCCUCAACACCCCCCUCUACCUCACCCACCUCGCCUCCACCCUCCGCGCCCUCUCCGUCCCCAUCAUCCGGCACCGCCUCUCCUCCCUAUCCGAAGCCUACAGCCUCCCAGCCCUCGGGCCUGUCGAGCUCGUCAUCAACGCCACCGGCCUCGGGGCGCUCUCCCUCUUGGGCGUGGAAGACCCGAAAGUCUUUCCCGCCCGCGGGCAGACGAUCUUGGCCCGCGCGCCCUGGGUGCACGUGUGCUACGGCCUCAACGGCAACAUCUCCCCCGCCUGGCAAAGAGUCUACAUCAUCCCCCGCCCCGGCCCCGACGGGCACGUCAUCCUCGGCGGCGUCUAUCGCCCCCACGACUGGUCCACCGGGCCCGAGCCCGCGGUCGCAGAACGCAUCUUGCAGGAAACGUGGAAGGUGUGCCCGGAGCUGGAUGGGAAGGGGGGGAAGGGGAGUUGGGAGGAUAUAGAGAUCGUAUCGCAUAAUGUCGGUUUGCGACCGUGCCGCGAAGGCGGCUUGAGGCUCGAGCUCGAGCGAUUCACCCUGGGAGAAGGCGUCAAGCAGGGGCUGGAGACGGUGAAGGGGAAGAACAGCAAAGCUAGUUUGGAAGGGAGGGGGAGGAAGGUGGGGGUGGUUCAUGCGUAUGGGAUUGGUAUGGCGGGGUAUCAGAGUAGUUUGGGGGUUGCGAAAGAGGCGGGGGAGAAGGUUGUAGAGUAUUUGAAGGGGAGUGGGAAGGCAAAGCUUUAG